AUGGUUGAUACACCGAAGAAACGACGCGCGGAAAAGUCGUCAAACAGCGGCGCAACGGCACCAAAGCGAACGCGCAUACACUCAACUAGCUCAUCUACCUGUAGCGGAUCCGACACGCCCCUGUCGAAAGACGAGGAUUGGACGUUCCGAAUCAAAGUUCUGUCGACUACUACAAGCCUCAAUGACGAGCUCUUCAGAGAUGCUGUCAAAGGUCUUGUCCGCAUCUGCUUCCCUGAUGAUAUUCUGAAGCAGAUGAGACAACAUGCCGUGGAGCAGCACAUGCGCGAAAAACGAGCCGAACCAGCGAACAUACAGCGAACGAUAGAGGCCUUUCAACCGGAGAUGAUACGCCGUUUGAUAGGCAUGUUAGCUGGAUACUUCGAUACGCCCGAUCAGGUAGCCUCGGCUGUACAGGCCGCGCUUGGAGAAAGACACAAGACUCCAAAUGACGAAGGAACCUUGGGCUCUAGCAAUACUAUCGUUGAAGAGUCUCGUCCACUGAAGAACAAGAGAACCAAUCAUAGUAGGGGGCUUCAGGAGGCUACGCCAUCACGCAGUUACGAUAACAACUUGAACGGCGCCCUGGUAGAUGUGGAACGCCAAACAACCCCAGCAGAAAAUAGCUUUUCAAAUUCCAACACGAUUUCUCAAAGGCAGAAAGAUAGAAAGAUCUCAGCCACAUGGAACUGGAAUAUCGACCCCAAUGAAGUCACUGAAGAAGCUGUACAACAUGCCUUCCCUCGUACUGCUGAUCUCUUGGAUAAGCUUCACAAAGGCAACCGCGGAAUGUUGGUCCGGCCAGAGCUUACUCUGAUGAACAAUGGCCAAUUUUCUCGCGUGACACCCGCUCCAAGUCAGUCAACGCUAGAUAUCAGGAACAACGGCAUACCCUCACACAGGAAUACCAUCAUCAAAUUCGAGGAUACUGAGGAUUCUGUUGGAGAACCAAAUAUCCAGGAAGCACCAAUUACCAAAGCGACCACGCAGGCUAUCGUAGUUACUAGGCGGCGCUUGUUAACAGAGGACCGUGACCUCGGAUCAGCAGUCCCAGGUAUAGAGGCCGAUGCCGAAACACGCACUAGCCGCUCUCAGAGCAAUGACAAUAUUGACAGGUCUUUUGGUAUGCCCGUGUUGCAGUUGUUGUGGGGAACAGAUUCCUUGACUCCAGAAAUGUGUGUCAACGAUUACUUGCAGAUCACCGAGACGAUAAUGAACAAUCUACAACGCCGAAUUGCAGCUGAGGCAAUUGCAAGCGGCCUUGGUGGUCAAAGUAAGACGCGCACAAAGGAUGAGCUUCGGAGUAGUAUUGUCCAAGCUUUCCCCAAAUCCGGACAAUUUGUCAAUUUUAUGAGAAUAAAGAAGGACAUUGAAGGUUCACUAGUGGAAUGGGUAAUUGCAGAGCCGCAGGCUUUUCCCGAGCUGAAGGCUAUGCCUUUUGUAUUCGCUCGUGUACUACCGCAUACAAGAGUGGUGAUCGAAUCGCUCUUUGGCUCCUGGUCUGCUGUAUCUACACUAAGUGGGGUUCAGGUGUGGGGAAGUAUCCUUGAAGCUCUUAAGCAGCGAGGCCUCUCGGAAGCAUCGGUUGGUGCUGCAAAUAUCGACUGUUUGCAGAUCGAUAGUCUUUGCAAUAACUGCAAGUUUCCAGAGGUCACACGGCGCGCUCUUCUCGAACGUAUCUUCCGUCGUGUAGUCUUUUUACACAAGGACAAAUUUCCUGAGUUGAAAACAACACCGGUUGUCAAGGUGUGGGAACGAAAGACAGGCUUGGAAUGGUGA